AUAAAAAGUUGCAAAACAAAAACAUACGACAGCGGGUAUUCGCCAGUGGUCACCCACCUGACUAUUAAUCCGCCGAUUAACUGCUUAAGUACCGCUGAGCAAUCUCUUGCAAAGUGGACACAAAUAUACUUAAUAUGUCUGUAUCUAGUUACUGUGCUGUGA